CCUUUGAAUCUCCAGUAUUUGCAAUGGCUCUUGUCAGCAAGCAGAUCAGCCGCGCGACCCAGGUUGCGGGUCGGCGCAUGGCCGCGGUGCGCCCGGCGAUGGCCAGCCGUGUGUCGCGCUCGGCCCGCCUGAACACUGUGUGCAAGGUGCACAAGAUUUGCGUGCUGCCUGGCGAUGGAAUUGGCCCGGAGAUCAUGGAGGUCGCGACUCAGGCCCUGUCCGUGGCCGGCGGCAAGGAGGGCGAGACUUUUGAGUACAAGCAGUGCCUGAUUGGUGGUGCUGCUAUUGAUGCCACUGGCAAGCCCCUGCCCGAUGAGACUCUGGAGGUCGCCAAGCAGAGCAAUGCGGUGCUGCUGGCUGCCAUCGGCGGUUACAAGUGGGACACCCUGCCCAGCGCCCAGCGCCCCGAGCGCGGCCUGCUGGCCAUCCGCGCCGGCCUGAACGCCUUCGCCAACCUGCGCCCCGCCAUUGUGCCGCGCCAGCUGGCUGACUCGUCGCCCCUGAAGCGCGAGCUGGUUGAGGGCGUGGACAUCCUGAUUGUGCGCGAGCUGGUGGGCGGCAUCUACUUCGGCCAGCCCCGCGGCUUCGGAACCAACGAGAAGGGCGAGCGCAUCGGCUACAACACAGACGUGUAUAGCGAGCCUGAGGUGGAGCGCAUUGCGCGCGUUGCGUUCGAGGCCGCUCGCAAGCGUGGCAAGCGCCUCUGCAGCGUGGAGAAGAGCAACGUGCUGGAGGUCAGCCAGCUGUGGAAGGAGGUGGUGAUCCGCGUGGGCGCCGAGUACCCGGACGUGGAGCUGAGCCACAUGUACAUCGACAACGCCGCCAUGCAGCUGCUGCGCAACCCCAAGUACUUCGACGUCAUCGUCACCGGCAACAUCUUCGGUGACAUCCUGUCUGACGAGGCGUCCAUGCUGGCGGGCUCUCUGGGGCUGCUGCCCUCCGCCUCCAUCUCCGGCUCCGGCCCCGGCAUCUACGAGCCGGUGCACGGCUCCGCGCCCGACAUCGCCGGCAAGGACCUGGCCAACCCGCUGGCCAUGGUGCUGUCCGCGGCCAUGAUGUGCAGGUACGACCUGGCCAUUCCCAAGGUGGCUGACCGCCUGGAGGCCGCCGUCAACGCCGUGCUGGACGCCGGCCUGCGCACCGCCGACAUCUACAAGGCCGGCACCCCCAACACGCGCCUGGUCAAGUGCAGCGAGAUGGGCGCUGAGCUGAUGAAGCACCUGUAAACAGCACCUGUGUGUGCGCUGUUGUGUCUGGGACGACGUGUGCGCUGUGCGCCCGGGCGGGCGUGGGUGCUGAUUGCCGGGGUGCGCGUGCGGGUAUGCGAUCGGCUUGACCGUAGGUAGGGAUGGCUGAGGGGGCUGUCUGUGAGCUGGAGGUGGGAAGUAGAGGAAACGGGGUUCGGGAUCGGGGGCUUGUAGUGGUGUGUCUGGCAGGCGUGAUGUAUGUGGCGGCUUGGGAGUAGGAAGGGAAACGGAGGCACACCGUCGUGUGUGCAGUUUACUUGCACGUUGUGGGCUAACAGGGGUUUUUCCUUGCCGCCAGGCCGCCAGGAACACCCCUGUCCGUGGCUGGUGCUGCGUGCGUCGGCAAAACAUAGCAUACUGGCGCAAACCGCGGCUGCUACGUAUUAGUAUGUGUUAAUGCCUAUUGCAUGUAAAUAGGUGGCACCAUGGCUGCAAGUGGUGGUGCCUGAUGUGCCUCGCCUACACCGUUAUCGAUGAUGCUCAAAGGAAACGAAUGCGCACGAUGCCAAAAGAGGUUGCCGGAGCUAGCAGGCAGCACAGGAGGAAGACAAUUAGAUGCGCAAAAUGCCGUGUUGGCCAAGGGAGGCCGCCUCCGGGUGUAAGCCUCGAGCCUC